UGUCCAUGAGGUUGUUCUGAUGAAUGUUUACUUUGUUUGAAAUAGUCUUGGACCAAAAAGUAUAAUAUUUGAAAAAAUAUUUUCUCCUGAAGUUUGAAAAUCUCACAGCCAUCAUGUGGAUCAGAGUAAGGACAAUGGAUGGUCAAAAAGACACACGUGUUAGGGGUUUGAGCAAACUUACCAAAAUUGAAGACCUUAGGAUCAAGCUUGAAGAAGCUUUUGAUGUACCACCCAGUAAACAAAGACUAUUCUUUAAAGGAAAACAGCUUGAAGAUGGUCACACGUUGUUUGACUAUAAUGUGGGACUUGAUGAGAUCGUUCAGUUAAUGAUAAGAACAAUUGCUCCACCCAGUGACAAAAACAAUAAUGGAAAGCAAACCCAAGACGAAACUGAACAAUCAGUCAAUAAAGAAGAUGACGAGUCUGCCAUGCAUGUCAAUGGUCAUGUUUCAGAUGAGGACCAGGAGUUAGAGGAGGACAAGAAUCAACCAAGUACUUCAGAGGAAAAGGUUCCUCAAAGCCUCUACAAGAUAGGUGAAAUGAUAGAUGGAAAGGAUCCCAAGAUGGGUGCAUGGUUUGAGGCCAAGAUUGUGGACAUUUCUCUGGCAGAUGAAAACAACCCAAGUUCCAUUCUGUAUCAUGUGGUUUUUGAUGGUUCUGAGGAAGAUGAGAUGACUAAGCUUCAUGAGAAUUCUAUUAGACCCAUUGCUAGAACUGCCCUUCCUUGGGAACAGAUCUCAGUGGGACAACAUGUAAUGGCAAAUUACAACCAUGAUGAACCAGAUGAGAGAGGUUACUGGUAUGAUUUCAAAAUCACAAAAAAGCUGGAUGGUUUUACAAGAAAAAGUAGAGAGCUUUAUGCCAGAUUGUUGUUAGGAAAUAGCACAGAAGACACAGUUGCAGAAGAGUGCAAAAUUAAAUUCAUUGACAAAGAAAUAUUCCAGAUUGAAGGUCCCCCAGAUCCGUGUAGGUCAGGGGAAUCUAUAAGUUCAUCCAGCAGUAGAUCUUCACCAGCCAAAAGACAAGUGAAGCCUGACUGCAGCUACUGUAAAGAUGACCCAAAGAAAUUGUGCAAACAUUGUAAUUGCCAUAAGUGUGGUGGAAAAGAAAACCCUGGUGACCAACUCCUUUGUGAUGAAUGUGACUUAGCAUAUCACAUCUAUUGUUUGUCUCCACCUUUGGAAAAAAUCCCUGAAGAUGAUGAAUGGUAUUGCCCCCUGUGUAAAAAUGAUACAUCACAGGUCAUUCAUGCUGGAGAGAAGUUGAGAGAAAGCAAGAAGAAAAUGAAGAUGGCUUCUUCAAACUCAACUACAAACAGAGAUUGGGGAAAGGGUAUGGCUUGUGUUGGGCGGACUAAGAUUUGCUCCAUUGUGCCUCCAAACCACUUUGGACCAAUCCCUGGAGUUCCUGUAGGAUCUUGUUGGAAGUUCAGAGUUCAGGUUAGUGAAGCUGGGAUUCACCGUCCACAUGUCAGUGGCAUUCAUGGCAGGGAUGGUGAUGGAGCCUACUCUAUUGUGCUGGCUGGUGGAUAUGAAGAUGAUCUGGACAAUGGAGAGGAAUUCUUUUACACUGGAAGUGGUGGUAGAGAUCUUUCUGGAAAUAAAAGAACAGCUGAACAGUCAUGUGAUCAAACAUUAACAAAAAUGAACAGGGCACUGGCAAAAAAUUGUGCUGCUCCAUUAAAUGAUAAAGAUGGAGCAGAAGCUAAAAACUGGAAAGAAGGAAAAGCUGUGAGGGUGGUUAGAAGUGCUAAGCUGGCAAAACACUCCAAACAUGCACCAGCAGAUGGAAAUCGCUAUGAUGGCAUAUAUAAGGUUGUGAAAUACUGGCCAGAGAAGGGGAAAUCAGGAUUUAUUGUUUGGAGAUACUUGUUACGCAGAGAUGAUGAGACCCCAGCACCAUGGACAAAGGAGGGCAAGAAAUUAAUUGAAGAACAUGGCUUGAAGAUGGUGUAUCCUGAAGGAUUUUUGGAGGCACAAGCCAAAAAAGAAGAGGAAAAAAAGAAACAGCAGAAAGAAAAAGAUGAGGAAAAGGAAACAGGGAAAGGAAAGGGGAAAGGCAAGGGUAAAAGGAAACGAGAUAAAGGUGAAGUGAGCCCAACCAAAUCACCUCCAGCAAAGAAAAGAAGCUAUAAGUUGCCAGAAAAGACGAAAGAAUUGCUUGAUGCUGAUACAAUAAACACCAAACUCUGGAGUGAAGUUACCAGUGGAUUACAAGACUACCCUACAUUUGUUCAAAAGGUGGAAGAGGCAUUCACAUGCAUUUGCUGUCAAGACAUUGUAUGUGAACCUAUAACUACAAAAUGUCUUCAUAAUAUCUGUAAGAGUUGUCUUCAACGCUCCUUUAAGGCAGAGGUUUAUUGUUGUCCAGCUUGUCGCACUGAGCUUGGAAGGAACUACAAAUUCACAGUGAACACAUCUUUAGAUGCAGCUCUCAAUCAUUUGUUCCCUGGUUAUACCAAGGGGCGGUGACCCCCUCCCUCCUUUGGUUGUUUUUGAAAUGCAGCUAAACAAAAUUCACAUGGCUUUUGCAUAUCAUAGACAGUUGUCUUAAACAUGAAAGACUCUACGACCCUUAAGACCCUAAACCUUGAAAACACAACACCCUCAAAAAAUGGAAUACAAAUUUUCAAGUAUUUUUAUUGUAAGCCCAUACUAAUGCAGGUAAAAAUUGAAAAGGAUGCACUUUCCUUACUUCAUUGUCUCUCAGUGAUUUCUCCCCUAAACUUUAAUUCCAUUAAUUUUUUUUUUGGUUUGAAGAAUUAAUACAUGGAACCCUUAGAACCUUGGAGUUCAAAAUGACCUCUAUCACGAUUCUUUUGGUUGAUUAACCAUAAAUAUUGUUAUUUUGGGGGGUCUUCGUUUUCAAGUUUUUGAGUGUGAUGGGUCCUUGUUUGCAAGACAUACUAUGAGUGACAUUUAUUAACAUUGGAUUAUAUCUUAUCAAGUACAUUGGAAAAAAACUUUUGAAAAAUACCUAUUUGGAAUUUUGCCUUAUUUAAGGUCAUAACAUAUUGUUCUUUUAAUCAAUAAUAUACUUGGCAUUAUAACUGAAUAGUUCCUUAUUAUAUAUUAACUGUAUUUUAUUGAACAUGUUAGAUGCUUGAAGUUGAUAUUCAAGUUUGUUCUUUCUCAUGAGAUAUGUACUUGUUGUAUUAAGUGUUAUACUCUUACAUAUUAGAUGUAACAGAAAUUUUUGGUGGAGUUUCAACAAUUAUCCAAGAUUGCAGUAGUUUUUCAUUACUUUGCUCUGUGCUUGUUUUAAAAAAAUUGUGCCACCUCCUCACCCAUUCAGAUGCAACACUAAAAUCAACCAUGAUGAGUUAACCCAUCACAAGCAGUCUUGUUUUUACUUUGAAUUCUCUCAGGUUCCUUGCAAUAUUUUCAUUCAUCCUCACUGGCUGUUGUGAUUACUUUGUUUUUGGUAUUACCACACUCAGUGGAAAGGCAUCCUUCUACACAUAAAUGCAUCUAUGUCUCCAGUGGGUAUUGGCUCAAUAUAGGAGUGAAUUAUGAAGUACACUGUGGAAUUUCUUAACAGAGUGAAUUAUUUCUUGACAGUGAAGGAGCAAAGUCCCACAAUAAAAUUGUAAACAUUGGAUUAGGCUUUGGAUUAGGAGUCUAGGCUUCAAUUAUUGUAGAUUGAUAUGAUAUUCUUCAGACAAUGUUGAACAUUUGUUCUCUAUGUUGUGUGCCUUCAGUUUUUAUUAUGAAUGAUGUAAAAUUAUUUUUGAUAUUAUAUUUUAAUAAAGGGCUUUUCAUUUUCAAUAGCA